AUGUGAUUGGACGGAACUGUGGUAUGCACAUUCGGAGAUUUAGCCAAACCUUGGUCUAAACCUCUGCGAGAGGUUUGUAACAAUCACCAUUUGUGUUUCACAUGGUCGUUCCUCAACAAGAGCAAAAGCGUGGACUCUUUCAACAAGCGAUGGAUUAUACCAAUAAGCCAAGCCCCAAGAAGGGUAUCUUUGCAGUAAGGGAAGUUGUUCAUAGAGACAUCCCUACAAUUUACAGAACAAGAGGAAUGGCUUGUGCCGUUGAAGUUGAAGGGAGGUUAUGUUUGCUAACUUGGCAAGGUGUAAUCAAUGAACACGAUCAAGCUAAGCCAAUUAUAGAAUUGCAUCGGUGUUCGAAAAAAUUUUCUCCCGACCGGACAAAGUACCGGCUCGAAAAGUCACAGGUAAAGCAAACUAGCAGUUUCUCGUUCAUUUCAGUAAUACAAAGCGGUGCACCCACGCCACAAGAGGAUUAUACAAUUUUUAAGUGGAAAGUUCCAGGAGAUGAUGAAAAGUGGAAAGAUGUCUUGGCGCUCUCUUUCAUCGGAUGCAAAGAUGUCGUGAAAUUUGGAUUCACGUACGACAAGGGAAAGCACGAACUUAAUUCUCCUGAGAAGAAAGAAUGUUUUUUUGAGAAAUUUUCCAUCCUUGGAUCCCCAAUCAUUACAGACGACUUACACGUCAUUGGUGUAGUAGGAGAGGAUUCUGAUGGACGACUUUGUCCCUACUUCUUAACAGAGACAGAAGUUGGUAGGUAAAUAUGGCUGAAAACAGGAAGUCUAAAAAAGUUAGUUCUGUUGUGUCGAUUGCGGCCCUCAUCUCCUAUAUGCAAUUGAAAAAUCUGAAAGUCUUACAAGAAAUGUUGAUUUUCAAACUCUUGAUUAGUUAAAUUAAAACUUUCUUCCAUGAAUGCGCUCUAAGAUGAGAUCAGCAAGGUCGCCAUGUAGUAAGAGGAGAUAAACUAUGGGGGCUAAAGUUGUAACAUUAGUUGCCGAAUUUUUGAGCUGAAGUGUUCGUAUUAUAUCGCGUCUAUGAUUUUAAUUUUUAGGGAGUGCUUUGUCAUUUGUGUGUUGAACAUUUCAGAUGCCUUCUCCCCUUGGUUAUUGUAAUGUUAUACCUUGAGAUAUCACCCGAGUCUUCAAGAUGAAACGAGCUAGUUUAUUUUUCUGGCCUUUGAACUAAGUAGCGAGCAUUUCAAUAUUUGAGGUUGUCAAAUGGUUACUGUGUGUGUGCUUAUAGUUGAACAGUUUUAAAAGUCAAGAUUGUUGUUUGAAGUAGUUAAAAAAGCAGACACUAACCAUCCUCUCUGUAGAUAUUUGAUUAACACCUGCAACCAAAAAAGCAGGACACUCCAGACCAAGAAAAAAAAAGGACUGGAGACUCAGAUUAAAGAGAAUAUUAUGCUUGUUUUUGUUCUUGGAAAAAAAUGAGAUGUAUGGAGGAAUUUCAACAAUGUUACUCUGUAAAAUACCAACAGUACAACAUUGACAGUACAGAUAGUUGGCAAUUGCAGACAAAACACAGAGAGGGCUUUUAACUUCCUCUGAGCUUUAUUCCCAAAUUAAUAAAACAAGUCAAAUGUACUAUAAAUCCUAUUUAGUUUAUUUGUAAAACACAAUUUUUAGUGUAUAUUCAAUAAUGAUCCUUCUUUUUUCAUAAAUGGUGUGUGUGGAACAGAAUAUCAAGACAAGGAACCUGGUAAGGGUGAGACUGGCAAUGUUCCAGAUAUCCCAGAUGCCCCUGGUAUGUAAUUUCAAUGUGUGUAAUUUAAUUGUACAUUAAAAUCAAUCCAUCAAUUUUUAAUUUUUGUACAAGCUGCUGUAGCUACAUGUAUCAUACAAUUUGUGUAGGAUGCACGAAUCAAUUGAAGUCCCAGUCCCUCAAAUCUUCCUUGCUAUUUUGAAUGGUAUAUAAUCUAGAGGUGUGUUUACUAUAAACUGCCGCUUAUUAAAGGGCCCCCCCUCCAGUAAUUCAAGGCCUCCUACUGGUUACUAUAAGGUCCAUCUAUUUGUAUUAAAAAGAAAUUCAUGCAAUUAUAAUCCCCUACAGAUAUAACCUGUGCCACACUCCUAAAGCCUUCUCUCUCUUUCACUCCUGAGAAAUAGGAACUCUUUUACUGCUUCAAACAGAAUAUUUGAAAAAUUAUUGCAGUUUUUGUGCUCUGGUAGUAAGCGUACUUACCAGUAGAGAUGUGCCCCUGAUCCAUUUUUAUGAUAAAGUUUGGUUUGGUCUACACUCACCUGGAUGAUCAAACUACACUAUUACAUUUGGAAAAUUGGAAGUAAAGCAUUGGGAAUUUAUCAGAUUCUUUAUUAAAAGAGAAGUGGGGAGAAACAUUUGACUACAUCUUGUGUUUCUCCCUACUACAUUUUGUUAAAUAAGCCCUGACCCAACCCCUCCUUCACCCCCUCAUACCUUCAAAGUUUCAGAGCCCAUGGCUUGUGAGCAGCAGUUUGUGGUAAUAAUUUGCAUGUGAAAGGUGCAAAUUUGAAAAGUGAGAAUGAACAAAUGAGAGCACAAAUCUGAAUAAUGGAAUGCAGCCACUGGAUAUGUUUAAAAGAAAUCAAAUUUUACUGAAUGUACAGUUAAAGUUUAGAACAAGUCCAGCUAUGAGGCCAGCAAAUAAGUCUAAGCUGAAUAAUGGAGCUUUUAGUAAACUAUCUGUUGGGAGGGAAAUAAAUUCAUGUAAUGUUUGGCACCAGGGUAGUAUAAGCUUUCUUGGUCUGUCUGAGACUGACGCAUGGGUCACCAUGCAACUACAUAAUCUUGAAGGAAAAAUCUAACAAGAUAUUUUUGUUUUACAGUUAAUGGUGCAAAUUGAAUUCUUUCCAACAGCUUUCUUAUAUUGAUUGUAUUUUUUUUUUCUGUCUAUAAGCACAGGUAUGCAUGCAUGCAUGACAUGUACAUAUUAUCACUAAAUUUAAAAAAGAAAACAUGUUUAACCAUGAAGGGGGAAAAUACUGAAAGUAGUUCUUGUUCAUCAGCAUGGCUCAAUUAAUCCAUGAUGGCUUGAGAAUGAAAGGUCACAUAUGCAUUAAUAUUGUAUUAGUUAUAGGUUUUUUAUUAUCUUUUACAGAAUAAAUGUUUGUUUUCUUUAGGUGCUUUAGGAGAAACCACCAAGAAUGUUAAAAAGUUCGAAGAUGCAACCAGUGAAAGUAAAUUCAAGAGCAAAGGAGUUCCUACAAUUGAACUAAGAGAUAAAUUACAGGAAGCUGCAUCAGACAGAGGCUUAAUUGUUUCUGGUAAUCAUGGAGGGGGAAAUUGUUUGUUCCAUGCUUUAUCAGAACAACUGGAAAUUGUUCUAAAAAUUCAAAUUCCACAUGACAAAUUAAGGGAAACAUUAGUUCAAUACCUCGAAAAGAACCCAAAAAUAGUAAGUUUUGUUUGGUAUUUAUAAGUAGUAUCAAAAACUGUCAAUUGCUCACUCAGUUACAUAAUCAAAUCUGACAUUUCUUAACCUUUUCCAGAGUGCCCUGUAGGCCACCACAUUUUUUGUUGAACCAAACAGACUCCUAUUGAAACCGUAUACAUUAUCUAAGAGUUAAUAAAUCUACCCUGCUUGGUAAUUCUGUUCUUAUCUGCCUGGUUCUGAUUUUACAGGAACACAUCAAGGGUUCAGUUUCAACUUUACUUAAACCAUGGCUUGAUAGAGUGAACUGUGAAUAAUUCAUCUUUCAUUUGAUAUAUUUAAUGCUUUUUUUUAAGUUUCACUCAUUCAGUUGUUCUGUGAAUGUUACACAUGUUUCAGGGAUCUAUAGCAGCCAUUGUGUGAAAGGUUUAAAAUAGAUAAUGAUGUUAAAUACAAAAGAAUUAAACUUGUGUUUUAUCUUGGCCCUAAAAUUCCAUUAAGUUAAGUUUGCUUGUCAUUUGAUAGUUGCACUGAAAGGAAGUUUAUGAGUUGAGACAAGCAUAAUAAGAAAAUUUGUUUCAUUUACCUGAACUUUAAUCAGGUAAUAAAGUUAUGAUUUUUUGGCCAUUAGUUAACUCAUUUAUCUGUGAGGAGCUUUGAUCUAAGCUUUUUUGAAGUAUGAUUUAGGUAUUUUGUGGAGACAGCUAGUACCUGCAUAUUUACCUGUGUAUAAUACAUGCCCAUGUAUAAUGUACACCCCUAUUUUUAACAAAAUUGUUGAGAAAAAAAGUUUGCACAGCAAAAAAGACAUAUUUGUCAAAUCUUCUCACAACUGUUUAUUGAGAUAACAAGAAGAAGAAAUUUACUUUAUCAUUGUCAUCAAUAUCUUUUUGGUGCCUAGUAAUUCAUGACUGGUAAAGAAGCCCAUGAAAAACUUACAAACAACUUUGAGAUUUUCCUAGUACUGAUAAUGUACUACCAUAACAUGAAUUCUCUCAUUCCUGUUUGGCAGAUUAUUAUAUAGUUUUCUUGUCCAGAUUCAGCAGCGUGGUUUCCAUUUUGCUCAGGUCUGCAAAUUUCUGAUCACUCAUACAAUACAGUGUGAUCAUUAAAUGUUUAUCUCAUCAGCUGUCUCUUAAAUACUCUACUAAAUUUGUUCAUGGAUCAAAAUGGAAAAAGUUGUUCGUCGGUUGAUUAAUUUUUAACCUGAGCUAAUAUAGACCAAUUAAAACAAAGUUUUUGUUUUUCAUGUUUUAAGCAAAUUACAUGCAUGACAAACAGUAAGACCCAUGUAUAAUAUGCAAUUUUGAUUUCCUGUUUUUGCAAUGCUUACUCUAAUCCUAUAUAAACCUAAUUUAUCGAUUCUUCUUGCAGGAUGAUGGAACUCAUCUGUUUGACCUGUUAGAUAAUGAUCAACGUAGCCAUUUUGAUCAAUGGAAUGCGUACCUAACAAAUAUGCGAAAGGAUGGUGUUUGGGGUGACGAAAAUGUAAUCUUAGCAGCAGCAUACCUCUAUAAUGUCCCUAUUAAUGUGAUCAGUGUGUUACAUAAUCAGAUAGCAAAGGUAAACAAUUUUGGACCAAAAUGUGAAGUACAAAGUGGAAAUCCAAUUUGGCUAGGGCACAUACAUGAUGAGCAUUUUGUCAGCCUUCGUAAAGGUACAGCAUUCAUAAAGUUCAUUACAAUGCAUAUAGAUCUUUUGUAGGUAACUGGUGUCCUAACUGAUUGCCAACUGAAGGGUUUCUUAUUAUCUAAAAACUGAGGCAUUAGAACUCUGACCAGAAUAGGAUGGUAAAAUAACCGUACUAGGACAAAAUUUAUAUGUUUGUUGCCUGGCUGCUAUCGUUAAUAUUCAUUUUUAAUGCCAUUUUAGAAUUUUCCUCAUUUGUUUUUUUUCUUAACCUAAUUUGUAUGUCAAAAUGAAAAGUAGAUUCUUAAGGAAGAUUUCCUUGUGUGUAUUUUAAGUUAGUCAUGAGAAGACAUCCUUCAGUACUGAAUCAGUUCCUACUCUGGCAUCUAUUGGGAAAAGUUAAAGAGGUCACCUAUUGUUCUUAUCCAAUCACAUUAAAAAAAAAAAGACGGUGUAGGAUUCAGCCUUAAGUGCAAGCAUGUGAUGUUUUGGAUUUUACCAAAUCAAAAACAGAGUUCACAAUUGUAGCGGGUUCAGCUCAGUUUAUCUACUUUCUUAUGCACAGUUUUAGCUAGUUUUAAUUGGUGCGACAAUAUCUAUGAACAAAUACGUCAAUUUUAAAAUUUAUAAGUGACUGAGUUUAUGCAGCAAGUCAUUUAUAACAGCCCCUAAUAUGAUCUAUCCAAGGUUACACCGUCUCAUGUUAUUUGACUCCAUCCUGCCAUAUUAGUGACGAUAUGGGGCCAUAGUACACCAUAGAACAGGGCUGAAAUGCAGAUGGAAGAUGGAGAGACAAAAUGGCUGCACUGAAUGAUCAAAACUUUAAUUUGUUUUCUGUAUUUUGGACUAACUACCUUCUCAGUAGUAAUGUUUGCUCAAGACCUGCAACCAAAAAGCAGGACACUCCAGACCAAGAAAAGAAGAGGGCUGGAGACUCUCAGAUUAGAGAUAAUAUUAUGCUCGUUUUUGUUCUUGAAAAAAACAUUGAAAUGUAUGGAGAAAUUACAACAUUAUUUCUGUUACAUAAAAUGCCAACAGUACAACAUAAGCAGUACAGAUGAUAGUUGGCAAUUACAGACAAAACAGAGGAAGAGCUUUUAAAUUCCUCUGAGCUUUUUCCCAAAUUGAUGAAACAAGUUAAGUGCACUAUACAUCCUACUAAGUUUAUUUGUAAAAGACAAUUUUUUAGUUUAUAUUCAAUUACGAUUCUUCUUUUUUCAUAAAUUGUAUGUGCGGAACAGAACAUCAAGGAAAGGAACCUAGUGAGGGUGCAACUGGCAAUGUUCCACAAGUAGAUAUCCCAGAUGCCUCUGGUAAUUUAUACUCUGGUAUGUAAUUUCAAUGUAUGUAUAUUGAUUGUACAUUGUUUGUGGUAUGUAAUAUCGAUGUGUGUAUAUUAGGUGUACAUUAAUAUUACUCAAUCUAUUUUUGAUUAUUGUACAAGUUGCUGUAGCUACAUGUAUCAUACAAUUUGUGUAGGAUGCAUUAAUACUCAAUUAAAGUCCCAGCCCCUCAAAUCUUCCUAGCUUAUUUUGAAUGGUAAUGUAGUGAUGUGUCUACUUUAAAAUGCCGCUUGUUAAAGCCCCCCCCCCCAUUAAUUUAAGGCCCACUCCUUUAUAUAUAUAUAUAUAUAUAUAUAUAUAUUCUACUAUGUUAGCGACGAUAAGGGAUGCUAACACAUUGUAGAACAGGGUUGAAAUACAGAUGGAAGGCGGAGUGACAAAAUGGCCACACUGAAUGAUCAAAAAUUUGAUUUCUUUUCUGUAUUUUGAGCUUGACCUCUUAAGCGCAUCUUAGAGAACACUUAACCCUUUAACUUCCAUGAGUGACAAAGACAGAAUUUCUCCUUACAAUAUCAAUACAAUAUCAACCAGAUAAGUGAUGAGUGUAACUGCCACUGGCGAUUUAUACUAACUAGUUCUAACAAUUUUAAACGCGAACGGUACGCGGUACGGUUAAAACUGCAAAUAAAACAGCGAACGAAAACUAUUACAAUAUAUAAACUAGACUAAAUACACAAGGAAAGCUACAACGAGAACAACGAAGAAAACUACAUGAUACAAAACUUACAUUUGUUGCGAUGUUAAAGAUCCUGCCUAGUGGCGAACAAACAGCAUGAAGCGAAAAGAACAAAUAUACCAAACCACACUCGACGAAACUACACUGCCAAACUGCCCCAAACUACGAUGAACAAUACGGUUAAAUACGCGCUACAUUACGCAACGUUACACAAUGACACAAAGAAAGUGCACACAAAAUUUUACUACAAUUAGCACUCUUGCACAAGAACAAUAAACGAAAAAGAAUGUAAGCCGUUGCGAUCUACAAUGAGAAUAAAGAAAAAUAUCAAUUUGGGGAUAAGUAGUUGAUCCAAAACUAAAUUCUCUGAACUUACAUUAUAAGAAUUGUAUGGUUGACAGUAAGGAGAAUUACAAAUUUGAUCUGGGAGUUAAAGGGUUAAAUGGUUUCAUUAGUGUUGUUUCCCUCCUUUGUUUAUGCUUUCUGCAAUCUUUACAAUUGUCUGGCUCGAAAAGCCAAAGGAAGUAUUUCGUGAACUAGAUGUCAAAAUACCUGAAAAUGAGAUAAUAGUGGAUAAUAAAUCCCUUAUUUGAUGGUUUAAUAUAUAAUUCAAGCAGGAAUUUUGCUCAUUGCUCUUAUAAUCCUCACCCUGUAAAAUACUACACAACUUGCAAAAUAUCUGUGGAAUGCUGCCAAUGGAUGUACAGUUAAAGUUUAGAACAAGUCUAGGCGUAAGGCCUGCAAUUAAAAUCUACCAGUAAGCUGAAUAAUGGAGCUUUUCGCUUUUAGGAGGCAGAGAAAUUUAUGCCAUGUUUGGUACCAGGCUUCCGUAUGAAAUUUCCCAGUCUGUCUGAGACUGAUGCAUGGGUCACCAUGCAGUUACAUUCUUCAUGGAAGCUAACAAGAUAAAGUUUUGUUUUACAGUUAAUGGAGCAAAUUGAAAUCUGUUCGACAGCUUUCUUAUUUUGAUUGUAUGUUUUUUUUCAUCUAAUCAUGGAUAUAUGUGCAUGCAUGACAUGUAUAUAUUAUCACUAAAUUCUCAAUAAGAAAACAUGUUUAACUGUGGAACUGUAAAGUUCAUUACAAUGCAUAUAGAUAUUUUGAAGGUGACUGGUGUCCUACCAAUUUGUUUUAGCUAUCAUACUGGUUACAGGACCAAUGAGUAAUUCAUCGUAUGAGAAGAAAUAUCAUGUACAGUUUAAGAUCUAACAAUAAAAACCAUUCAAAAACAUAAACAAAUCCUCCCUAGGUUUGGCCAUUUACUACGCUUAAAUGUAUAGUUUUUAACUCGUGAAUUGCGCGCAUGCGCAAGAGCGAGUUGUAGAUACGAUGUGGGGAAUGGCACUCGCUCGAUUGGUCAAUUCCUGUAAACUUUUUUUCGAUUUCAGGCUUUUGAGUGCAUUUGAUAGUUUUUGGCGAGCAAUAAACAAACGAAAUGGCGACCUUUGUUGCUAAGAAUAGUGGUGGGGUGAAAAAGAAGCUAAUGAUAAUCUUAAAAGAGUUUUUUUUUUCGUUUUAGUUUCAACAAGCGGCGCCAGCGACUGGCAGGCAUGCAAGGAUUCACACUGAAAUAACAGAACAACCUUCGUUUUUCAUAAAUUGUAAUUUACAAUCCUUGAACUUGAAAACAAUCCGAAGAUUCAUUGAAAAUAUCACUUACUGCGAAGUGCUCGGAGUUUACAGAUGUCCAAAAGCUUUUUCUGUUAUGGCGUGAGAUUGAGGACAAAAUCGAUCAUCACGUUUCGUAUCGUGUGUUUUUCCUGUAUGAAGCAUCAGAGGAUGCCGGCGACUGACGAAAUUACAAGUUAACACGAAAAUCAAAUAACACCUAGACAAACAAUUUUAGCUACCGAUUUUCAGUGAAUUUUUUAAGAACAAUUUUCUUUUAAGUUUCAAGACAAUUUGAAGAUUCAAAAUACAUAUUACGUACUAAAAUGCGAAAGUUGUACACCACAAAAUAGAUAAAUAGGCCUGAAAUGAAAUUCUGUCUUGUUAUUGAUUAUACGUUGCCUAGCAAGUGACUGAAAUCUACCCGGGCGGAGAUCCAAAAUGACGGUGGCAGUCUUAGCUUAGUUAUGUCACUCAAAACUCGUUCCCGUUUGUCUCAUUUGAUAAAGAGGGAAUCGUUAAUGUUUUCAUUGAGACAGUAUUGCCUUGAUUUUCUAAUAUUGACAAUGAUAGACAGUAAAUUUCACUUUUCACCCACAUUUACUUCCAACCUUUUCUUUUGAACCAGAAACAAAAAUGAUAUAUGUUUAAAACACGACAUCAUCCACCCUUGUCAAAUGUAAUAGCAUGAUCAUUUAAAUUGUAAUGCCUUCUUAUCCCAACGUUACUUUGUUUCUUUGUUACAUUAGCGAACACUGAACUACUGCUCGAACUCUAGAUAUGACAAUCAACCACAAAAUUCUCUAAAUCAGAUAACAUUAAACAUAAUCCAAAAAAUCAUGUGUCAAUUCACGAGUUUGCUCACAGAGCACUUUGAUUAAAGUGUGAAAAUUUAGUCUCUCAAUAAUGAAUGAAUCAUCAAUAUUCUCAGCAGGACUUAGAAAAGAUACUGAAAAAGAUGUGAACUUCUCUCACCUGAAUUUUUUAUUGACAGCUCCAAUACAUCCAUCAGAUCAGGAAGAGGGUAAAGAAUUGGGGAACAAGCUGCUUAAAGUUGUGUUUGGUAAUUUUUUUGUAACUGUUGUUAGUAUUUGUUUGCUCAUGUUCAUCAACUGAAGGGUUUCUUGCGAUUGGCUCUACAGUUAUCUAAAGACUGUGAGGCAUUAGAACUCUGACCAAAAUAGGAUGGUGAAAUAUCCGUACUAGGACAAAAUUUGUAUGUUUGUUUCCUGGCUGCUAUCAUUAGUAUUCAUUAUUAAUGCCAUUUUAGAUUGUUCUUAAUUUUAAUUAUUUUCAUCAACCUAAUUUGUAAGUUGAAAUGAAAAGCAGAUUCUUAAGGAAUAUUUCCUUGUUUUUUUUUUCAAAAAGGUUAUGAGAAGACACCCUCCAGUACUGAAACAGUCCCUGCUCAGGAGUCUGAUGAGAAAAGUAAGAGGUCACCUUUUGUUCUUAUCCUAUCACUCUAAAAAGAAAUGGUGUAGGAUUUUGCCUCGUGUGAAGGCAUGUGAUGUUUUGGAUUUUGCUGAAUCAAAAACAGAGUUCACAAUUGUAGAGAGUUCAACCUAGUUUAGCUACUUUCCUAUUUCCACAGUUUUAGCAAGUUUUGAUCGUUUUGGCAAUAUCUAUUAACAAAUACGUCAAUUUGUGACUGAGUUUAUGCAGCAGGUCAUGUAUUAAUGCAUGAUAUGAUCUAUUCAAGGCUACGCCAUUUUACGUUAUUUUACACCAUUCUACCAUAUUAGCGACGAUAAGGGACGGUAAUACAUCGGCUGAAAUACAGACGGAAGGCGGAGAGACAAAAUAGCCACACUGAAUGAUCAAAACUUCGGUUUGUUUUCCGUAUUUCAGGCUUGACCUCUUACGGGCAUCUUAGAGAACACUUUAAUAGUUUCAUUAGUGUUGUUUUCGUCCUUUGUGCAUGCUUUCUGCAUUCUAUACAAUUAUAUGGAGAAGCCAAAGGAUGUAUUUCCUAAACUAGACGCCAAAAUACCUGAAAAUGAGAUAAUGGUGGAAAAAUAAAUCCCUUAUUCAAUGGUUUAACAUGUAAUUCAAGCAGAAAUUGCUCUUAUUUUCCUCACCGUGUAAAAGACUAUGCAACUUGCAAAAUGUCUGUUUGUAUUACAUGUUAAAUCAUUGAAUAAGGUGAAAACACGGCAUUAGUAUCAAUAUCACUAUUAACUAUGACAAAUGCGCUAUUACGAUGUAACAUGUAUCGCACGUAAAAUUUGGAAAGAACUCAGGAAUUGAUUAAUUUUUAACAACUGAAAAAAAAUUAUCAGAUGCUGCUUUACCUGUUAAUCAGUCCGGUGAUAGUAAUUAUUAUGUUUAGAGCAGUCACAGUAUGAUCCUGGCAUCAGUUUGCAUGGUACCAUUAAGUGACCUCACUAAUUUAGGGUUGUGAUAUUGAACUCUCCAAGCACAAGUGCUGUCAAGUGUCUCUUUCAUUCUGGUUGAUACGAGUAGAAACAACUGUGUGGUAGACUCAACCAUUAAUUCCUUACACUGAAGGGAAUGGCAAUAGAGGUCAUAGAGGAAACUGCGAUUAGAAAAGCAUUGAAACGUUCAAGAUUCAAACAGGGUUUAAAACGUGCCUACGAACUAACAAAUGAGGAACAAAACCACAUGAUUGUUCCACAUAUAAAGGAAUUUAAUCAGUAUAUUGUAAAUUCCAUUUAUUUUGAUUUGAGAAUUCAAAGAAAUAUAUAAGGGGGAAAAAAAGAAGGUAGAGGUGGCUUAUGUAGUGUAUAAACAUCCUUAAAUAGGGAACAAAGAAAUCCCAAAUAGUAGUAUCAUAGAAGUUUAUUCUUUUUCCAAAAGUCAGAAGUGGUAACAUUCUUCUUGAAUGUUUUCCAUACCUUGCAUUGGAUAUACAAGGCAACAUGGAUUGGAAAAAGCUUGGGAAAAGUCUAGAUCUGAGUGAUGCGGAACUCAAUGGUAUUGAGAUAGACAACGAUGAGGAAUACGAGCGAAGUUAUAAGAUGCUAAAAACUUGGUGGCAGAAAGGUGCUGCCUCCUAUGACAAGCUUGCGUUUGCCCUAAGAAAGCAUGAUCUUGAAGAGAUUCGUCGAGACUUCUGUCUUAUGGAAUGCACUCCACCCCUAAAGGAAGUUGUGAAUUUGCGUAAGUAACAGAAUAAUUUCUUAAGCUCUUUGCAUUAAAUUAAACUAUCAAGCUCUUUCUCCUUUCAACCAUGACCCCAUUCAGGACAAGCAAAUCCAUAGAAGCUGUCUUUCAUACGGUGGCAGCACUUGCUCUUUUAAACCCUGAGUUAAUAACUGAAGAAAACAGAGAGAAGUGCAUUUCAUAAUAAUGGACCCACAAUUGAACAAGUGUUCUUCAUUGUAGAAUGCUAAAUACAGCAUCAUAUUCCGUUAUUGUUGACAAUCAUGCAACCUUCAUUGUCCUGUUGAGCACAGAUUCACAGAUUCUGAACCUCCGUAGCAAACUUCAAACUUGUCAUAGAGAAGUUCAGUUUAUUUGCCUAUAUUUGAUAUGUCAUAAGUUGUAAUUCACUUCAUAAGUUGCUUAUACAUUUGUUUCCUUACACAUGUUUUUGUUUGGUUUUUUCAAUAUAAAGCAGGGAACCUAAAGGAAGGACCAAUAGACAGGAGAGAUUUACCAGACAUAGCUGAGGCCGUGAUGGGAAAAUGUAAAAGACUGGGUAGGGCACUUGGGGUAAAAGAUAAUCGAUUAGAUAAGAUAGUGAUGGACAACCCAAAAAAAGGUUCUGAGCAGUCCUAUCAAAUAUUAAGAGCAUGGAAGCAGGCCAAUGGUAAUGGUGCUUCUUACUAUUCCCUAGCGCAAGCCUUGUAUGACCGCACUGUCAAUUUGGGUGUAGUUGUGAGUGACUUUUGCCUCAAGAAAACCCAAUGAUAUUGUGGCCACAGGUGAAACCUUUUCUGAGUAGUUGUUUUCAGUGUGGAAAGCUAGCCAGAAAAAUUUCUCAAGUUUAGUAAAUUUUACAUCUUUGAUAGUAAUAUGCAAUCUUGUCAUUGCAAGAAUUUCGUUGUUAGACUAUAUUCACAAAAUACUCACAAGUUUGAUGGCGAAGAGGGUGGUGGGGGGAAGGGGGGCACCAGUCAUCUUUCUGGAUAUUCCCCUAGGUCUCUCCAUACACUGGUGGCCCCUAAAUCCAAGUAGUGUUCCUGAUGUUUUAAAUUAUUGUGUCUGAUAUUUUUAUUUUUGUUGCUGUUGUUCACUUGUGUAGUAAUAGUAGUCACGUGAAUUUAAAGACAAGGAAAAGCUUGGUGCCAUCAAUUUACAUACAUUUGAAGCUAGUACAUAUAAAGCAAAAAAGCAGGGUCAAAAGCGAAAAAAUGUAAUUUGUGAUAAUCGCAAUUAGCAUAAAUUAAAAUUUUGCCAGCAUUUAUCAGAGGACUGAAGGGGAGUGCAGUGCGGGGAGAGUUAUGGGAUCGUAGUUUGUAAUAAUUAUUUGAGAUCAUUAGUAGGGCGAGGUAUUUUACGGUCAGCCUUCGCCAUGUUAAGUUGGUCGGUUUCAUUUUUGUAUAAAUUUAUUAAGUCUUUUUUGUUUAGUUUUUUCCUGGAAUAUCGUCAUGUUCACAUCAGGUUUUACUAAGAGCUAUACUCGCGUGCUUCUUUAAGUAACUUUUAUGUACUUGUGUAUAUCAUGUUAUUCAUAGGAUACCCUAAGACCCGGAAGGUGGCACCACUGCCGUGGUCAGGGGUACACGUUCUCUUCUUUUUUUAUUCCAAGUGCCGGUUUUAUGGGUUUUCGUGUUUGGCUUUUGUGUGCAUUCAGUUUCCUUCACUGAACUGUAAUUAUGAUGAGCUCUUUUAAGCAUAAUAGCUUUAAAUAAACGGACUUGGCUAGCCAACGCGCCCAGAUAUCAACAAUUUUUGUGCUCGGUCGAGUAGUGGCGGCAAAAUAACUAAGGGGAACUAACGAAAUGAAUGGUAGGACUUAGUCCUUAGAAGCUUUUUAUCUCCACUGACUGCAGGAGAAUCUGGCAUUGGCUACUCAAAAAAGAUAUUUUUUAAUGAGAAAAAAAAUUACUACAUUUGAAUAGUAUUCAAUUCCAUGCCCCUACCUGGGAGAAAAAUAAUUUUCUACUUGUGAGUAACUAGAUAAAUGAAGCAAACAAAAGAAUCCAGUUUAUUACGAUUACUUAUCUCCUCUUUGUUUGUGAGAAAUAAAUGUGCAACUUUUUUUCAGUACAACAUGAUUAGUGUAAUCUUCAUGAAACUUUUUUGAUUAAAACCAAAUCUACG